CACUUCUUUACGCAGAUACCACAACCGAUGCACAAAAACUCAGAGAUGAACGCUAUCUUAUCGGUCGAUUUUACUUCUAUGCAAAGUUUGCCUGGAAGGUCCAGGGAGUGGGGCGUCACCUUCUUGCAUUCCUGGGCACAUCGCUUUGGCUUGCAGCGAUUUGAGUCUACGAUGGCGAUACGGGUGAUUUUAUCAGCCAUC